ACUAGAGUGAUCCGUUCUGUGCGUCAAGACGCACGAGAUAACCGCAUGUGACCUGUGUAGACUGUCCUAAUUCCAACGGAUGAUUUUUACACUGUAGAGCUGCACGAAGUCAAGGAGUCGACAGUUCGGGGGGGGAAGCGUGUAACAGAAACACAUCAGGCAUUCAAGAGUCUGAUCUGUAUUACGCAGACGUUUUGCGACGGUGGCACAUUUGCUCAAAUGCUCACCACCAAGCCAGCGGCGGACGGACAACAGAAUUACAACUUAAUUUUUCUUAAUAAUCAACUAUAGUUUAACAUUUCCGUCACCUUCAUCGUUAAAGUGUUCCGCAUGCUCUAAUAUUAUUUUUCUACCAGGAUGGUGUCGUGGCCGUUAUUUAUUUUGAUGCCCACACGGGCGCAUUUUCGUGAGAAUCUGUUUUGUCCGUGAGGAUUUUCCCUCCAUUGGCUUUAUCAUAUUUUUUAGUCGGGCGGAUUUUCCCCCCCUGUCUCCCGUCUUUAAGAUAGCAGGCUAUUAAUUUUUAAUUCUUAUGCAUCCGCACGAAGACGGCACCAGAGAGGAGAAAAAACGAGUGAUAACCAGAGGGGAAGAAAAGGAGAAGGAGGCAAGUGAGGAGAGAAAGGAGAAUGAAUGAGACACACUGAGAAAACAAGGAGAAGGAGAUUGGAGGAAACAAGGUUCACCCUCAAGGUGGGUGUAAGCUGAGGAAGUGCCCCCCAACUCACCUGUGCCUGCUGACCACCUCUGACCACCUAGACCAGUUCCUUACACUUCUCGGCCUCAAGCAUGGCUCUUGCAGUCUGGAUCGUCUUCACUUGUGCUGUGGCUUCCAGCAACAUUGCUCCAUCCUCACAGGCUCUGAGCCGGUCAAUGAUGCCCUUCGGUUUGAUGCGCCGGGAGCUGGCGUGUGAAGGCUACCCGAUCGAGCUGCGUUGCCCUGGAAGUGAUGUCAUCAUGAUUGAGACGGCUAACUAUGGCCGCACCGAUGACAAAAUCUGUGACGCAGACCCCUUUCAGAUGGAGAAUGUGCAGUGCUACCUGCCCGACGCCUUCAAGAUAAUGUCACAGAGGUGUAAUAAUCGUACUCAGUGUGUGGUGGUUGCGGGGUCAGACGUGUUCCCAGACCCCUGCCCAGGGACCUACAAGUACUUGGAGAUCCAGUAUGAGUGUGUCCCCUACAUAUUUGUGUGUCCGGGGACACUGCUGCGGGUGCAGGUGCCCAGCUCUCAGCAGGAGGCAGAGCAUCAGGCGGGGGCAUGGUGUAAGGACCCGCUACAGUCAGGGGACCGUCUGUACGUCAUGCCCUGGACCCCCUAUCGCACCGACAUGCUGUAUGAGUAUGCCUCCUGGGAAGACUUCAAACAGAGCCGAGCCACCACCACCUACAAGUUACCCAACAGAGUUGACGGCACGGGGUUUGUUGUGUACGACGGGGCAGUGUUUUACAACAAAGAACGCACACGAAACAUAGUCAAGUAUGACCUACGUACGCGCAUCAAGAGUGGAGAGGCAAUUGUCACAAACGCCAACUAUCAUGACACUUCACCUUACCGGUGGGGAGGGAAGUCAGACAUUGACCUGGCUGUGGAUGAGAAUGGCCUGUGGGUUAUUUACGCCACUGAAUCCAACAACGGACGACUGGUGGUCAGCCAGGUGAACCCUUACACGUUGCGCUUUGAAGGCACCUGGGAGACCAGCUUUGACAAGAGGAUGGCGUCCAACGCCUUCAUGGCUUGCGGAGUGCUUUAUGCAGUGCGAUCAGUCUACCAGGACGAUGACAGUGAAGCAGGGGGUGACCUGGUGUUGUAUGCCUACAAUACCAACCGUGCUCGAGAGGAACCUGUCAACAUUGCUUUUCCCAAUCCCUAUCAGUAUAUUUCCUCUGUGGACUAUAAUCCUCGAGACAACCAGCUUUAUGUCUGGAACAACUAUAAUGUGCUGCGCUACCCGCUGGAGUUUGGACCACCGGAUCCUACCACUGGCCCUCUGACCACCACUCAAGUGACCACCACUCUUCCAGCAAGGCCGUUCACCUCCAGUGCGAGCCCCUCUACUGCCCGCCCGCUGGCCCCCACCUCGCGCCCAAUCGGUUCCAUCAACAAGAAUCCUGAUCUUCGACCAAUCACUGCUACUGUGCCUGUCACCCGCCGGCCACCUCGCCCUCCUCAAGGCUCAGAGCCACAAUUUUGCGAGACGAAGCUCGUCCGCGGUGUCCAGUGGCCAACAACACAGCGAGGAGAAACAGUGGACCGUCCAUGUCCUAAAGGAUCUUUAGGCAUUGCUUCAUUCCAGUGCUUGGCGGAUCAGGUCAUGUGGAACCCGCGGGGUCCUGACCUUAGUAACUGCACCUCCCCCUGGGUCAACCAGGUAGCCCAGAAGAUAAAGAGUGGGGAAAAUGCUGCCAACAUAGCUAGCGAGCUGGUGAACCACACUCGGGGUCGGAUCCAGGCUGGAGAUGUUAGCUCUUCUGUCCGACUGAUUGAGCAGCUGCUGGAUAUACUGGAUGCCCAGCUUCAGACCCUGAGGCCUGGAAACAAGGAACCAGCUGGAAGAAACUACAACAAGCUUCAGAAGAGAGAGCGGACCUGUAAGGCAUACAUCCAGGCGGUGGUGCAAACAGUGGACAAUUUGCUCCGUCCUGAGGCUUUGGAGUCAUGGCAAGACAUGAACAGCACAGAGCAGUCUCACACUGCCACCAUGCUACUGGACGUCCUGGAAAAAGGAGCCUUCCUGCUGGCCAACAACAUGUACGGGAAAAACUUUACAGACCGAGCGCCCAGCAUUGAUCUCCAGGUGCACGUUGUAAACACAGAGAUGGACAUGCAGGACUUGUCCUUCCCGCAAAAUUACGCCAGUGACAGCACCAUCCAGCUUUCAGCCUCUACUAUCAAACAGUACAGCCGCAACGGACAAGUCAAGGUGGUAUUCAUUCUGUAUAAAAAUUUGGGAUCCUUUCUUUCCACUGAGAACGCCACUGUGAAAAUGGAAAUGGAAGGACCAAACCACGAUAAGAAGCGCCUGGUGGUCAACUCUCAUGUGAUUGCUGCCUCCAUCAACAAAGAGUCCAGCAGAGUGUUUCUCACUCAGCCAGUGAUUUUCACGCUUAAACAUCUAAAGUCGCACAAUUACAACACUCCAAAUUGUUCUUUUUGGAACUACUCCGAGCGCUCCAUGACUGGCCAGUGGUCAUCGCAGGGCUGCAGGCUACUGGACACUAACAACACACACACCACCUGCUCUUGCAGCCACCUCACCAACUUCGCGGUGCUCAUGGCGCACCACGAGCCCGACGGACAGAUGCACGAGCUCUUCCUUUUUGUGAUCACCUGGGUGGGGAUUGUCAUCUCCCUGGUGUGUCUAGCCAUCUGCAUCUCCACUUUCUGCUUCCUGCGGGGGCUCCAGACUGACCGCAACACCAUCCACAAAAAUCUCUGCAUCAACCUCUUCAUCGCAGAGCUGCUCUUCCUCAUCGGCAUCGACAAGACCGAAAACCAUAUUGCCUGUCCCAUCUUUGCUGGCCUUCUGCAUUUCUUCUUCUUGGCUGCCUUCUCCUGGAUGUGUCUGGAGGGUGUGCAGCUCUAUCUCAUGCUGGUGGAGGUCUUUGAGAGCGAGUACUCACGCAAAAAGUACUACUAUCUGUGCGGCUACUGCUUCCCCGCACUGGUGGUGGGCAUCUCUGCAGCCAUAGACUACAGGAGCUAUGGGACCAAGAAAGCAUGCUGGCUGCGAGUGGAUAACUACUUCAUCUGGAGCUUCAUUGGACCUGUUUCAUUUGUUAUUAUGCUCAACCUCAUUUUCCUCAUGAUCACUUUGCACAAGAUGAUACGCAACUCAUCGGCACUUAAACCUGACUCCAGCCGCUUGGAUAAUAUUAAGUCCUGGGCACUAGGGGCCAUCACUCUGCUCUUCCUACUUGGCUUGACAUGGGCCUUUGGCCUCCUCUUCAUUAACGAGAAUACAGUCAUCAUGGCCUACCUUUUCAGCACCUUCAACGCCUUCCAGGGCAUGUUCAUCUUUAUCUUCCACUGUGCCCUGCAGAAGAAGGUCCAUAAGGAGUACAGUAAAUGUCUGCGUCACUCCUAUUGCUGCAGCCGCACCUCUACCAACAGCUCCCACGGUUCGUUGAAGAACUCGGGCCUCCGUGCCAACAACCGCUACUACAGUGGCAGCCAAGCUCGCCAUGCAGCAGCCCACAGACAGAGUCGGAUCCGCAGGAUGUGGAACGACACGGUUCGGAAGCAGACGGAAUCUUCUUUCAUGGCGGGAGAUAUCAACAGCACCCCGACACUCAACCGUGCAACCAUGGGGAACCACCUUCUGACAAACCCAGUGUUACAGACUCGCUCUGGUACCUCUCCUUACAACACUCUGCUGGCUGAAAGCUUCACCCCGCCCUCACCUGGUGUCUUCAACUCUACUGGAACCUUUCGUGACCCAAAGACUACAUUAUCUAAGCCCCGUGACCCGUGUGGAAUGGAAACCCUGCCCUUGAACGGUAACUUCAACAACAGUUACUCCCUGCGUGGUGGCCCAGCAGGUGGAGGUGGGGGCAGCUGUGACUUCCUAAGUGGUGGGAGUGGAGAAACUCCCCCACCCAUCUUUAAUCCCCGCAGCUCAGAAGCUCUGGGAGGCGGAGGCGUCAGAAGAAACCUCUCUGAUGCUGCGGCCUUCGAGAAAAUGAUCAUCUCCGAACUUGUGCACAACAACUUGAGAGGUGGUGUUGGAGGAGGAAGCGGAGGAGGUGGAGGUGAAGUAGGGGACAGAGUGUAUGGCAGCCUGGCCAGAGGACAUCCCCACGGUGGAGUUGGUCGGGGAACAGCAGCUGGGCCAGACCAAUCUGCGAGUAUGGACGAAGAGGAGGACUUUAUGAGAGAGGGGCGGCAGCGUACGCCACAGGAUGUAGAGCUGCUGUAUAAAGCUCUGGAGGAGCCCCUGCUGUUACAGCGUGCCCAGUCAGUCCUUUACCAGAGCGAUCCAGAGGAGUCGGAGAGCUACACGGCCGACCUCACAGAGAGCCUGGGCCACAGUGGCCAAAGUGCUGGCGGGCAGGGAGGCAACAGAGCGCCUGAUUCUCCUGCCCAUGACUCCCUGUACACCAGCAUCACCAACCUGCGAGACUCACCCUACCCUGACAGCAGUCCUGAGCCCCUGGAGGUGGUGCCCCGCUCAGCUCAGCCCCCGGAGGAGCUGUACUACAGCUCCGGGAGGCCUGCCCUGGGCUCUCGUGGGGCCCCAAUGCAGACCUUCUACCAAGCCCCACCCCGGAGACCAAGUGGGGAGGGACACCAGGCCCAAGAGCCUGUCCACAAUGAGGGUGAUGGACAGAUGCAGCUGGUCACCAGCCUGUGACUGGAGGUUAAAGAGGAAGUUGGGGACUAAUGUGAUGGCCAGAGCCUCCUCCUAGCCCAUCUCUCUCUCGGGUCUCUCCACUUUCUGCUUGUUUGGUUGCCUUUCUUUGUCUUGACUUUUAUUUAACUAACAUAUGAGCAAACAAAUUGACUUUCUGGGGGAUACAUGGCUGACUCUGCAGAUGCAGGCUUUAUCUUCAACCCUCCCGAGUCUUAUGGAGAUGAGGGAUGGGUGUUUUUCCACAGAGUGUUCAUCGGCUCUGUCUAACCCCAGUCGUCCCCAGUUCUUCUGGUACCCUAAGGCCAAGUCCAGCACUCUGAAUGUACCAACCCACCCCCUUUACCUUUUGGAUUUUUCAAAACUUUAGAAACUUUGUUAAAGCUUUUUUUUUAAUGUAAUUUCUCUUCGAGCCUGCCUCCGGAGAUGGUGAUAUCAUUUUAUAUUUUAUCUCAUUUCCCUUUCUUACCAUCCAUAGGUCUUUUUCAAGUCAUCAUUUGAUAGGAGUAGUUAGCUGUGGAGACAGGGAAUAUAGUACACUAUUAUAAUCUAAAAUAUGUCACACAGAAAGCUCUUCAUUGUUGCCAAAAAUAUCUUUUAUUGAGCCAGAACAGAAACUAGAACAUUCACAAGGCAAACUCACGCACACAUAUAUACUUUCACCCAUCUACAAGUGCUCAUUACUGAACAUCAAAAGUAAAAAAAGUACCCCGUCUAAGUAAAAGGGAGCAAGAGCUUUUGUUCCAAGCAGGCAGGGGGAGCUGAUUUAGGGUAACUGCCUUCAUUUUUGCGUGCUGUGAAUUGACAGCUCUGUACAGCGGCGGAGUGGAGGUGAAGACAGAGACUGAGGAGGCACUGCACCACCCCUCCAGAACAGGAGAGCCUGCACCCUUAAGACUGGCCAAUCCUCUCCACUGUUCUCUUCGGUCGUUUGCUUUAGGCAUUUUGAAAAGUUAAAUGACUGUCUUGCUGUUGUUUUGAACAGAGUAUUCAAUUUGUUGACUCGGUCUACAUCUUCGAGGGGCUGCGAGUGCGGAUUGGUAUUGCCCCCCUCCCCUUGUACUUUGCUGUUAGAGCCUAGCCAGUUGGAGUGGACUCGAUCCCUGUGCGGUGCUGUGACAAGCAAGACUGUAAAUGUCACAAUCGCACCGGCCGACCAAUUGGUAUGACCGUGUACAUAGGAACAACACAUGAAUCUACUUUAUUCCUACUAUGUAAAUAGAGACACCAGAUGAUCAAAAGCAACAAAAAGUAAUAAAUACUAUGAGAAAUGACUUCUUGUACUGCAACAAACUGACAAAAGAAAAAAAAAUAAAAUGUUUUGGAGUUUGUGACCUGAAUGAUACACUCUAUCUCUCUCCCCCAUUGCUUGAUCUCUCACUCUCUCACCGUUCCAGUAGUGUUUCACUAAAAUUCCCUAGUGAUCAAAAGGCAGUGGUAGAGCGAGAGAGAGAUUAAGAUGUGUAAUAGGUUUUAUUUAUACAAAUGAAAAAUGGAACAAAAAAAAUCCUGGCACAAUUUUUAUGUGAUAUAAUCCAUUACAUGUUGUUAAUGUUUGACCUUUGACAUUCCCUGGGUGGAAUUGGCAAAGGCAGUGGGAGUGGGAGGUGCGGGGCAAGCGAGAUAGAUGUUGUCAAAUGUCAUUCUAUGCCUCACAAAGCACGAUAAAGCAUUGUGGGUGAACGACAGCAUCCAUAAAGUGAUUUGGUUGUUCUUGUAUUAUUUGGAAGAUAUAACCAGAUUACGUACUUUUAACAACAUGGGGUUUUAGCAUGUAUGAUAAUGAUUUGCUUUCAGAGAAUAUUGCAUUUUGCUGUUUCUUAAAGAUAGUUUCAGCAUUACUCCAGAACCUAAUGUGACAACUCCUUAUUUUCCUGUGUGCAUGUGUGUAAGUGCGAAUGUAUCCGAGAGCCUGGGUGUGUCUGAUAAGUGUCUGGUUUGUGAGCGCGUGCGUAUGUGUGCGUGCGUACACAUUUGAAAGGCUAUUUUUGUGACUUGACUUGAAUGCACAUCAGAGAAGGAGGGAUACUCAUCUCAGAGAGCUGCCAUUACUUUUCUGCCUCAAAUGGAAGUUGCUCUUACCGCUGUGUUCAGGUACAAGGAGGACAGGAAAAUUCAGACUGCCUCGAGAGACAAGAGGUAACACUAUAGCAUGAAAAUGACAAGCAGGGUUGACCGAUCGCGAGGAACACGUUUCCAAUAUGCCACCUUAUGCAAGCAAAAUGAGCUGUCUAGGGAGAGCCACUUGUGAGACUCCUUUCAUCUGGUUGAAAUCUAUUUGACCUUUUAAAAAGAAGAGUUUGCUUUCUUUUACCCUUUAUUUAAAAGUAUUUGUUAUGGUUUAUUUAUCAGAUUAUAUAUCUAUGGAAUAUUUAUUUACAUUGAUUUAUUCAUGGCACUCUUUAACUAUUGCCUCCCAAACCUGCAGCUACAAAAGAGUGUGAUGUGUGGAUACGACGUGAGCAGAAAAUAGAUGCAUCCACUGCAGUGUGACAUUUGGCUAGGGCCUGAGUGUCCCACUUCUAAGAGAACCCAAAGGACAGCUUUUUAGCUAAGGCUCCUGGGGCUGAAAGCGAGCGAGAGAGGGGGUUAAAGACAGAUAAGGGAAGGGGAUUACAAGGAUUUGCCGCCGUUUUUCCUUGCUAUUCUGAUCAUUUGUGUAAGUAACAUUGUAUGGGCCACAGAUCGUGAUGAGGCUCAAAGGAAAAGGUUGCGGUAUCAUCACUUGAGCCAUAGGGGAAAUAUGUGCAAUACUGGUCUGAUGAUACAUGCGUCACUUGGAUUUGUAGCUUCAGAGCUGUCGGUUUACAAAUGAAGAGACAAUAUGGACAUGUGUUCGGCUCUGCUGCAGCGCGGGACUUGUGGCUGAAUUAGCGGUGGGGGCUCGGUAUCAUAGCAGCACUCACUGGUCAACUGAGGACAACUUGAAUGUAUUUUAACAAGCAAGACUGAAGAUAAAACAAUUCACUCCAGGGUGGAAGUGUUAAUGGGAAUCUCAAGAUGGCCAUCAUUAUCCUUAUCCUCUUUGUUCUCAACACCAUCAUCAUUAACUCCAUCCUGCUCUCAUUGUAUUUGAUAUAACUUGCUGACGCUGAUCUCCAGUGUUCAGCUGGGACUCGCCCCAGGGGGAAACGCUGUUUAGACAGACACUCCCUUUGCGAAGAGGAAUGUGCGUCACCUUGGGCCUGCUUCUCUUUCUUUUUUCUUUUUUUUUUCCAGCACCUCCCAGCGCCCUCCCCCCCAAAACUCAUCCACAUUUUAAUAUCAAUCUCAGUGGACUCCAUUAGUGCAGCACUUCUUUGAGAGUGUUAAUUUGUUUUGUCAAAAGCUUUGUUUAUCCCAGAUUAAUAUCUCAAUAAACAGUGGAGGGCUGCACUGCUGUAAAUGAUGGUGAUUAUACAGGAGAAGGUUCGCGGCCCACGCUGUCGGACGGAGGCUCUCACGAUGGGAGUUUCUUCACCAUUCAAAGCCCUUCAAACCUCUGAUUACAAUAAUAACACAGUGGGUACUAAUUUAUUGUUGUGAACUCACUCUCGCUCACCUCUAUUCUCUUGUUUUCUGUCUAGAUUUGCAAACCUUCCAUGCCAGUGGCAGGCCUGACGUGUGAGCUUUAGUGGUUAUGUGGGAAGUUGUUUAAAAGGUUGGAUGCCCAACCUUUGACACAGUGCUGUUUCACCCCUGCAGCUUGUGCCAUUGUUCAGUCUAUCAUUAGACAGUGGUCCCAGCAGGACUUCAGUCUGUUCACUCACAGUUGACCCAUUCACACGCAGACAUUUUUGUGUGGACCAUAUCACAUCAGGAGGGCGGUACAGAAGCGGCAGGACAGCGGUGUGUGAAUUCAACAGCGCCAGAGGAGCAGAGGGUCAUUAUGCCUGCAAAGACUGGCCCGUGAGGAGGACUGAGGAGGGACAGCAUCAGCAGAGAUGUCACAGAUGUCACAAAUAUAUAGCCAUAGGCGGUGAGAGAGGGAGGGACGGCUGGUGAGAGGGGUUUGCAGUGAGGCUGUGCAGGAGCGUAUCUGGAGAUAAGGAGAUGGAUGUGCUACUUUGUUUCAGAUUGCUUUCUGACGGUGGUUUGCAGACCAGAAGUUAUUACUUUAUGGUUUAAAUUGAUCAAGCUGGCAUGUCAGAUCUCAAGUUCAUUCAUAAAACAAAUCUGCCUGUGAAGGAAAGAAAGAUGAUGGGAUUGUUUGAUCUAAUGGAUGCUUCCUUUAAAAAAAAUGUGAAAAUGAAACCACUGCCGCAUCAGCCAAUUAAAGCACGAUUUUUACAGUGCCUGCAAAUGCACCAUGAUUUUCCUAAAGAGAUUUUUAAAGAGCAAAUAUAAACAAAUCAUAAAGUAGUACUAUUUUGUUAUUGAUUUCUUCUUCUCCACAUGACUCCUUUAGAGUAGUUACUAAGACUCUUUAGAGGUAAACACAAUAAUGAACUUUUGCUCUUUAACUUUUGUGUUAAGUAUGUGUCUGUGGAGCUGUGCCAGCAUUUCAGGAAAGUUCUGAUCUUUAAUACACAGCGUGGUACCAGCAACACCCGGGGCUCCUGGACAACAAGGGUUUCUCCAAACGAUUGAACAUGUUGAGAUUAUAGGGUUCAAGAUUAAAACAAUUGACACAGCUGGAGCAGGCUGAAUCUGUCUUUUUCUUUCUUGCUUGAGGUUUGGGGGGAGUCAAACAGUUCCUACAUGCACCUGUUCAUGGCUAAUCUCAAUCCAUGAUCAUCCAUGGGACAGGCCAAAAAAGUCAGCCCCAUGUGGUGUCUGUCAUCAGAUGUAUAAUAUCUGGCUUCAGUGGUUAUGGAUGGGAUAUCCUGAUGAUCAUCUGAGAGCUGUAUUAAUUAGCUCAGUACAAUGGAACUUGGUCAGUAUUACACAUACCUGAAAUGCUUAACAUUAAGGUGGUAAAUCAUUGGGUGCUAGUGGUUUUUACAUAACGAGCUAUAUGGCAGAGUGAGCACUGACAUUGUGCCAUGUGGGGUUCUACAUAUAGCACCAUAUCUAGAGCUUUCUGUGAUUUUUCUAUGAAAUGGAUAAUUUAAUAUGUACUGCUGAGACAUUUGUAAACUGAGGUAAAUAUAACACUUUGGUUUUCUUUUAGGAAUCAUGUUCAUUUGUCUUAUUUGAUUUUUGUUUUCUCACACUCAUUGCUUUGAUAGCUGUUUGGGCCAAAGGGGAUGAUUUUCUGUGAGUGUUUCCAUCAUUGCAGGUCAAAGCGACCUUGUAUCAGCACAUAUUAAUAAAAAAAACUAU